AUGGACCACUCCACAAACAUGGCGGAGAAGCACACCGAAAAGCCCCUUGAUGGGCUGUCAGCCAAAGAACUCAACUCUUCCAACACGAGCAACACAGAGCACACCAGCGUACACGAACCCGCUGUCGACGAGCAACAUCAAGAAGAACAAAAAGACGACGCCGCUGAUGCUUCAGCGGGAUGGGUCAUGGACACCUCCGACUUCCCCGGCCCGCGCGCCCUGACCGUCAUCAUGAUCGGCCUUUUCCUGGCGCUGUUCGCGGCGAACCUCGACACGACGAUUCUCGCGACCGCGAUCCCCUACAUCACAAACGAGUUCCACACCAUCAAGGACGUCAGCUGGUACGCCUCAGCCAUCAUGCUCGUGUCCGCGUCCUUCCAGUCGACCUGGGGCAAGAUCUUCAAGUACUUUCCCAAAAAGAUGAUGUUCCUCCUCUCCAUCUUCAUCUUCGAGGUGGGCAGCCUGAUUUGCGCCCUCGCCCCCAACAGCACGGCGCUCGUCGUGGGCCGCGCCAUCGCAGGCCUCGGCGCUUCGGGCGUCACGGCCGGUGUCUUUAUUCUCAUUGCGUUUUCGGCGCCGCCAAAGUACGUCCCAGCAUUCAUGGGCCUCGGGGGCGCGUGCUAUGCCGUGGCCUCUCUAGCUGGACCUCUCCUCGGGGGCGCCCUGACCCAGUCGGUAACCUGGCGAUGGUGCUUCUGGAUCAACUUGCCCAUCGGCGGCGUUACCGCUGCUGUCAUUAUUCUGUUUUACAAGACACCCAAGGCGGCGCAGCCAAUGCCGGCGACCAUGAAGGAAAAGUUCUUGCAAAUGGACCUUGGCGGGACCUUUUUGGUCAUGGCUGCGGUGGUUUGCUUCAUCCUCGCGUUCCAGUGGGGUGGCUCAUUCAAGCCUUGGUCUGACAGCACUGUCAUCGGAACCAUUGUCGGAUUCGUCCUCAUCUCAGCACUGUUCGUCGGCAACGAGAUUUUAAUGGGCGACCGCGCCAUUCUCGAGCCUCGGUUGAUGAAAAUGCGUCGCGUUUGGGCUAACUGCGCCCACGUCUUCUUCGUCUCGGGCGGAUUCUUCAUCCUCAUCUACUACCUCCCGAUCUUCUUCCAGUCCGUCCAAGGCGCGUCGCCGAUCGCAUCCGGCGUCCGAAAUUUGCCCAUCAACAUCGGUUGCUUCCUUAGCAUAGCGGCCGGCUUCGUCGUCUCUGUGUACGGCCGGACCUGGGCACCACUCAUGGCUAUCGGCGCUGCGAUUGCGACCGUUGGCGCCGGCCUCAUGUACACGUUCGGCCUCGACACUUCGGCAGGAAAGUACGUCGGAUAUCAGCUCAUCGCUGGCAUGGGUAUGGGCAUGACGCUUCAGAUCCCCUUGAUGGCCAACCAAGCAGCGGUGUCGCCCAUGGACAUUUCGUCCGUGUCUGCCAUCACUCUCUUCUUCCAGAUCAUCGGCGGUUCCUUCUCAGUUGCCUGUGCCCAAGCCGCCUUCGCCUCAACACUGGUGAAGAGGAUUGUCGUACGCGCCCCAACUGUUGAUCCCGAUACACUACUCCACCUUGGUGCCAGCCAGCUGCGUUCUGAGUUCUCAGGCGACGAGCUACAUGGUGUUCUCGAGGCGUACAUGGACGGAUUGAAGGUCUCGUUCGCCAUCGCCGUCGCUCUCCUAGGUGUGGGUUUCUUGUUCGCGUUUGUGCCUGAGUGGAACGACUUCCGCCCGGGUCAGCAGCAGGCGGCACCGGCGAACGACGAGAAGGACGCUUCGGAGAAUGCAUAA